AUUUGAGCGCCCGAACUCUGCCUGGUACGCCCCACUCCCCAUUCUCCCUCUUUCCAUCACCCCGCCCCAUUGUCCCUCUUUCCAUAACCCCGCCCCAUUCUCCCGCUUUCCAUCACCCCGCCCAAUUCUCCCGCAUUCCAUCACCCCGCCCCAUUCUCCUGCUUUCCAUCACCCCGCCUCAUUCUCCCGCUUUCCAGCACCCCGCCCCAUUCUCCCGCUUUCCAUCACCCCCCCCCAUUCUCCCGCUUUCCAGCACCCCGCCCCAUUCUCCCUCUUUCCAUCACUUCGCCCCAUUCUCCCGCUUUCCAUCACCCCGCCCCAUUCUCCCGCUUUCCAUCACCCCGCCCCAUUCUUCCGCUUUCCAUCACCCCGCCCCAUUCUUCCGCUUUCCAUCACCCCGCCCCAUUCUCCUGCUUUCCAUCACCCCGCACCAUUCUCCCGCAUUCCAUCACCCCGCCCCAUUCUCCCGCAUUCCAUCACCUCGCCCCAUUCUCCCGCUUUCCAUCACCCCGCCCCAUUCUCCCGCUUUCCAUCACCCCGCCCCAUUUUCCCGCUUUCCAUCACCCCGCCCCAUUCUCCCGCUUUCCAUCACCCCGCCCCAUUCUCCCGCUUUCCAUCACCCCGCCCCAUUCUCCUGCUUUCCAUCACCCCGCCCCAUUCUCUCUCCUUCCAUCACCCUGCCACAUUCUCCCUCCUUCCAUCACCCCGCUCCAUUGUCCCGCUUUCCAUCACCCCGCCCCAUUCUCCCACUUUCCAUCACCCCGCCCCAUUCUCCCGCCUUGCAUCACCCCGCCCCAUUCUCUCUCUUUCCAUCACCCCGCCCGAUUCUCCCGCUUUCCAUCACCCCGCCCCAUUCUCCCACUUUCCAUCACCCCGCCCCAUUCUCCCUCUUUCCAUCACCCCGCCCCAUUCUCUUUCUUUCCAUCACCCCGCCCCAAUCUCCCGCUUUCCAUCACCCCGCCCCAUUCUCCCUCUUUCCAUCACCCCUCCCCAUUCUCCCGCUUUCCAGCACCCCGCCCCAUUCUCCCGCUUUCCAUCACCCCGCCCGAUUCUCCCGCUUUCCAUCACCCCGCCCCAUUCUCCCGCUUUCCAUCACCCCGCCCCAUUCUCCCGCUUUCCAUCACCCCGCCCUGUGA